AUCUUGCCAGUGAGUGUCUGAAUCGUAGUGUGUGCAGUGGUGUAUAGUUCAGUAGCGUUGAGUAGCGAGGCAAACGCACACGCGACAUACCACGGUGACCACAACAGAACAAAAGAUUUGCAGCAGCUAUGUCGCAUGACGCCCCAUGUAGUAACACCUUGGUGUUUUUUGUCAAUGGAUCGAAGGUGGAGGAUGCGGAUGUCGAUCCUGAGUGUUCCCUGCUGGUCUACCUUCGGACUAAAUUGCGUUUGUGUGGCACGAAGCUUGGAUGUGGCGAGGGCGGCUGCGGGGCCUGCACGGUGAUGCUGUCCAAGUACAUUCGCGCUGAAGAUAAAGUGAAGCACUACUCUGUGAACGCGUGCCUCACCCCAGUGGCUUCCCUGCACGGCUUGGCGGUCACCACGGUGGAGGGGAUCGGCUCAACCAAGACGGGCCUCCACGCCGUGCAAGAGCGUCUGGCCAAGGCUCAUGGUUCGCAGUGUGGUUUCUGCACUCCUGGCAUCGUCAUGUCCAUGUACACCCUGCUGAGGAACAACCCGCAGCCUACCAUGGCCCAGCUUGACGAAUAUUUCACGGGGAACUUAUGUCGGUGCACGGGUUACCGGCCAAUCCUGGAUGGUUACCGCUCGCUGACUACCUCUGCUGGCCCGACCUGCGGCAAGGCGAAUUGCUGCAUGCUCAAUGUUGGCGGCUGUGGAACCAUGAACAGAGAAAACCCUGUGAAGAACGGAGGAAUGGAGGAGCUUGACGAUGAAUCAGGUCGAUCUGGCCACAACCUGUUCCAGGCCAGCGCGAUGCGGCCUUAUGAUCCCAGCCAGGAGAUCAUCUUCCCGCCUGAGCUCAAGGUUCGAAAUGAUCUGGAGCGGGAGCGCCUUGAGUUCAAAGGUCCCCGCGUUGUCUUUCACCGUCCAGCGACCCUCGAGCAGCUCCUCCAUCUGAAGGACCUUCAUCCAACCGCCAAGAUCAUUGGUGGCAAUACUGAAGUUGGAGUUGAGGUGCAGUACAAGAAUCAGCUAUACCCUGUGCUGAUCAACCCAAUCAAUGUGGCGGAACUCACCAGCAUUCAAGAAACCUCCACGGGGAUGGUAUUCGGGGCGGCCGUCACUCUCACGGCCAUGGAGGAGGUGCUCAAGGAACAAGUUACCUUGAAACAUGAAAGCAGGACUCGGGUAUUCGCCGCCAUCAUUGAAAUGCUCCGCUGGUUCGCCGGGAAGCAGAUCAGGAACGCAGCAGCUAUUGGCGGCAACAUCAUGACCGCCUCGCCAAUCAGCGAUCUCAACCCUUUGUUGACAGCAGCUGGCGCCACGCUGACGCUGCACUCCAAAAAUGGAGGGGAGCGUCAAGUGACUCUGGACCACACCUUUUUCACGGGCUAUAGAAGGACAGUCGUUCAUCCGCAAGAAGUGCUGAUAAACAUUAACAUUCCCUUCACCCAGCAGAACGAGUACUUCUUCGGCUACAAACAAGCACGCAGGCGGGAGGAUGACAUCGCUAUUGUGAACGCUGGCUGCAAGGUUGUGUUUCGCCCAGAUUCCAUCGAGGUUCUCAAGCUUGAUCUGGCCUUCGGCGGAAUGGCUCCUACCACCGUUAUGGCCCUUGGCACCAUGAAGGAGCUGGUUGGCCGCAAGUGGGAUGCAUCUUUGCUGGAAGAUGGCACGUCACAGCUGACGCGUGAUCUGCCGCUUGCCUUCUCCGCGCCAGGAGGCAUGGUGGAGUACCGCAGGGCCCUCACCCUCAGCUUUUUUUUCAAAUUUUACCUGAGCGUGCGGGGACUACUGAACCAGAUCCUACCAGAGUUGGUGGCGCCUCUUACGCAUGACGAGCAGCUCGCCGUGAGUCCUCACCAGUACACGGAGCCCUCCAGCAGCCAGCUUUUCCAAAGGGUGAGUCCCGGGCAAAGUCAGAUAGACCCCAUCGGGCGUCCCAUCGUGCACACCUCGGCCUUCAAACAGACCACCGGAGAGGCUGUCUACAUUGACGACAUGCCACCCUUCGUCAACGAGCUCUACGCCGCCUUGGUUCUUUCAUCACGCGCUAACGCAAAAAUUCUUGGUAUAGAUGAAUCUGAAGCCCUCAAGGUAGAAGGAGUGGAGAGGUUCAUCUGUGCUCGGGAUCUCUCAGAGGAGAGAAACCAAAUACUUGAUUACGAGGUGUUUGCAUCGAAGAUGGUGGAUUGCAUGGGACAAGUAGUGGGGGUUGUGGUGGCAAAGGACCAACCCACCGCUCAGAGGGCAGCCAGGCUCGUCAGGGUAAACUAUGAAGAUCUAGACACCCCCAUCAUCACGAUCCAAGAUGCCAUCGAUAAGAAAUCGUGGUGGAAUAAGUGGACCAUGAAGAGGGGAGACGCGGAGGCCGCCCUUAAGGCCGCGCCAUACACUCUAGAAGGGGAGACUCACAUUGGUGGCCAGGAACAUUUCUAUAUGGAAACUAAUGCCCACAUCGCGAUACCCAAGGGUGAGGAUGGAGAAAUGGAAAUUAUCUCAACUACUCAGAACCCCAGCGAAACCCAGCUGGCGGUGGCUAAGGCGCUGGGCGUGGCGAACAACAAAGUGGUGUGUCGCGUCAAGAGGCUAGGCGGCGGCUUUGGCGGGAAAGAAACACGUAGUACCACCAUCAGUGUUCCUAUCUGCGUCGCUGCAAGUAUCACAGGUCGUCCCGUACGUAUCAUGCUGGACCGUCACGAGGACAUGGUGAUCACCGGAGGCCGCCACCCCUUCCUAUGUCGCUGGCGCGUUGGCUUCACGGACCAGGGAAUAAUCAAAGCAGCCGACCUGCACUUAUACGCAAACUCUGGCAACACCCAAGACCUGUCCUUUGCUGUGGUGCAUCGCUCCCUCUACAGCACCUGCAACGCGUACAACUGGCAGAAUGUGAGUACAACCGGGUACGCCUGUAAGACCAACCUUCCCUCCAACACGGCGUUCCGCGGCUUUGGGGCACCACAAGGCAUGUUCUGCAGCGAGGACAUAAUGGAGCGCGUGGCCCAACACCUCCAUAUGGACCCCAAAGUGGUGCGAGAAAGAAACUUGUACAAGUCAGGGGACACAACCCACUUCGGCCAGGUGAUUGAAAGGUGCACAGUCAGCCGGUGCUGGGAGGAGGUUCUUGACCAGUCUGACUACAGCACCCUUCGCGCCAACGUACAGAAAUUCAACAGUGAACACACAUACAAGAAGAGAGGAGUAUCAGUGGUUCCUGUCAUGUUCUCCAUAUCCUUCACACUCUCGUGGCUCAACCAGGCCGGGGCACUGAUUCUGAUCUAUAGGGACGGCUCUGUCCUCCUCUCCCACGGCGGCACUGAGAUGGGUCAAGGCCUCCACACCAAGAUGAUACAGGUAGCCUCCAGAGCCCUUGGCAUCCCCACUGACCUGAUCCACAUCUCCGAGACGGUGACGGACAAGGUGCCCAACACUAGUCCCACUGCAGCGUCGGUCUCCUCAGAUAUCAACGGGAUGGCGGUGCUGGAAGCCUGCAAUAAGAUCAAGGAGCGGCUAAAGCCUAUCAUCGCCAAAGAUCCCAAAGCAGGCUGGAAGUCUUGGGUGGAAAGAGCUUUCUUGGAGACUAUCUCGCUCUCCGCCACGGGCUACUACUACACGCCUGGUAUUUGGGGGUACAAUUUUGAGACCCACGAGCCAGGCAACUUCAACUACUUCUGUUAUGGAGCAGCCGUGAGUGAGGUAGAGAUAGACUGCCUGACGGGAGACCAUUCGGUGCUGCAGACUGACAUUGUGAUGGACGUGGGGGACUCCCUCAAUCCGGCCAUCGAUGUGGGCCAGGUGGAGGGCGCCUUCAUGCAGGGCCUGGGUCUCUUUACCAUGGAGGAACUGCGCUACUCCCCCUCCGGUGCCCUUCUCACACGUGGCCCUGGAGCUUACAAGAUCCCGGGUUUCCAGAGUAUCCCUCACAAACUGAACGUGUCUCUCCUCCGCGACGCUCCCAAUCCACGGGCAGUCUUCUCUUCCAAGGCUGUGGGGGAGCCGCCACUGUUCCUGGCAGCUUCGGUCUUCUUCGCAAUCAGGAACGCCGUAGAAGCUGCCAGGAAGGAUCAUGGUCUUCAGGACAUCUUCCGUUUCGACUCUCCAGCCACCGCUGAACACAUUCGAAUGGCGUGCCAGGACUUCCUUACAAAAAAGAUCGAGCCCGCGGUUUCGAAAGGUGAGAAGCCCUGGUCGGUGACUGUGUAGCAGCUUACUCUCAACCUGCAUAUAUACUUCCCACGAAAGACAUAAUGAAAAGGAAGAUGAUUGAAUAAAAAGACGUCAAAGGUGGUUAGUGUUCCCUGUCAUGGCUAUUAGGGAUCGUUUCCAGGUGUCAUGUUGAACCUUAGCGUGUUUGUCGAGGUGGUGAUAGUGAUAUUUACUCAAGGGACAUGAAGCAAUAACUUCUUGUUACAUGGUGACCGAAACUGUAGGUUGUUGGAAGCAAGCAGCUGUUCUAAAUGGUACCGAUGUCUGACCGCAUGCCUUAUUCCAAACAAUUGUUAACUUCUACAUUUACUUACGAUACAAGGACAUAAGAAAAUAAGGGAAGCUGCAAGAAGCCAUCAGGUCUAUUUAUUUCCACCUAUCAUCCCCAUCCAUAAAUUUGUCUUUUUUUUUUUUUUUUCUCUCUCUUUUUUUUUUUUUUUUAGUUUUGUAAUGACUCAGCACUAAUAACCUGAUUACUGAGUCCAUUCCAUUCAUCCAUCACUCUAUUUGAGAAUUAAUUCCUUCUUAUCUCUUUUUUUUCUAAUCUAACUUAUUUAAGAACUAAUUCCUCCUUAUCUUUUUUUAAUUUAAUAUUUUUCAAGUUUAGACCCAUUAUUUCUUGUUCUAUCCUGAUUACUGAUCCUGAAAAUUUUCCUUAUGUCACCCUUGUUAUAACUCCUAUACCACUUGAAGACAAGUGCAGUGUGUGAAAACUAGUAUAUUUGUUAUUGCCAUAGGGUUAUAUAAUUCUUAAGUCAUAAGGUUUUAAGCAUCAGCUUCGUCAGAAUUUCCCCUACAUGCAUUUUUGUAGAUUUUGAAGCACACUUUCUAAGCUUUUGAUUGUGAAUUUGCGACCUAUUAUAAAUAAGUAAUGUUAAUCGCUGUAUAGCCAGCGCCUCAAAAUCGCAGCAUAAGAAAGGAUAAAUUUGCAAAAUUUCAAGAGCCUCUUGUAAGGUGAAACUAUAUAUAUAUAUAUUUUUUUUUUAUGUUACGUAAGAUAGUAAAAUUCCUGUGUAUUAUUAUCUGUACCUAUAACCUCCCAGUAUAUUCUCUAUACAAUAAUGACAAUAGCGACAGUAAUGAUACGCAUAAUAAUGAAAUAUGCACUCAAUCAACAGAAAAUACAGUUUCGCUUACCAGUGGGAGGGCGUAGUAAUAGCUAACAAAGUCCACGUCGCCUCUGGUUUAGUGAUGUGAGGUGUAAUGCUUGGGUGACUGACACACGACUUGAGUCUUGAGUGUGAGUCACACACGUUAAUCAGAUUACGGAUUUUCUCAAAUGAAAUAUAUAUAUAUAUAUAUAUAUAUAUAUAUAUAUAUAUAUAUAUAUAUAUAUAUAUAUAUAUAUAUAUAUAUAUAUAUAUAUAUAUAUAUAUAUAUAUAUAUAUAUAUAUAUAUAUAUAUAAGGGGCCAAUCAAGACAGUCUGAGUGCUAUAAUGUAAUAAUUACGAACAUCUUUUAUAACUGUGUCUGCGUCAUAAAUAUUUUUCACUCCAUUCAAAAACUGGACGCAUGUGUUGGUCUUCUGCCUUUUAGAGGAUGUUUUAAGAUUCUGUAGUGCCAUAUAGCAUUAAGAUAGAGUAAGUACGUAAUACAUAAGCAAGAAUAGUAAUGCAGAAGUGUAUUCUUAUCGUAAUUUAUCUCACAUUGAUAUUGUCCUCGAGUGCAUUUGUUUUUAUUUUAUUAUUGGUGUUCUUGUUGGUGAUAGUCGUGUUGGUGUUGGUACUCGUAUUACUAUUAUUAUUAUUAUUAUUGUUAUUAUUAUUAUUAUUAUUAUUAUUAUUAUUAUUAUUAUUAUUAUUAUUAUUAUUAUUAUUAUUAUCUUUUAGUUUUGCAUUUUUUUUUUCCAGAAACGAGUUUUAUCAUAAAAUAUUUCACUACAUUACAACAUCAUUGGCAACUCUAAGACAAUUUUGCAGCGCCGAGAUCAGACAUUAUGUAACAUUCCACGUCAUGUUCAGUAGAUCCCCUGCGUAAGGCGUGGAGUGGAUGAGAGAUGACAGGCUAUCAAGUUAAUGCUCAUCACAUUAUAAUUAUUUACAGCCAUGACGGGCGCUUUACAGUCGUGGUCAAAAGUCGAGUGAGCUUUUGCUCCUCCUUUCUGUUUUCUAUGUUUCAUCUUAAUCUCAAGUCCUCUGAUUUGUUAAGGAUCUAUCAGUUGUCAGAUUGUGCAAGGAGACUAUAAGCAGAUCAGAGGACUUUGAAUUAAGGGAGAAAAAAAGACGAAUACAGUGGAGGUAAAUGGGGAAAAUAACUCAACCUUUAACCAAGCAACAGUGAGUUCUGUGUUGACUGUCACUCAGUUACUCAGAAGCAGGGAACGGCACUAUGUAGUGAAAUAUAUUGGGAUAAAAUUUCUCAAAAAUAAAACAGCUAGACUUAAAACCAGCAAUUGGCUUUUGUUUUGUUGUGUUUGUUCAACAAUUUGUGCAAGAUGAUUUACAAGUAGAAACUUUAAGAGGAUGACAUUAAUAUUAAACUAAGAACAUUCCACGUUACCUAAAUAAACGUAAAAAUUACAUUUAGGGAUAUAUAUACAAAUACUUUUAUGUAAUUCAGAUGUGAAAAAAAAAUCAAUAUAUAUAUAUAUAUAUAUAUAUAUAUAUAUAUAUAUAUAUAUAUAUAUAUAUAUAUAUAUAUAUAUAUAUAUAUAUAUAUACAGUUUUGUUUUGUCGUGUAAGCUUAAUCCGCCAGGCAGACGAGUUAAUAGGUGUUUUCAAAGAUUUUAAAUGAUGUACAGUAUUAGAAUCUAUUACAAUAAACCUAGAAAAAUUAAAA